GUCCGUCACGAGUUACCCGGUCCACGCGACACUACCACUCGAGAGCGGCGCUGCCCGUGCCGAGCAGUAAAGCAGCCAGUCCACGCGCUGUCGUCCUCUGCCAGCAGAAGCAACCGCGUCCCCGCGUGGGAAGUCACCACCGGCUCAUCCCUUCUCUCCACAAUCCAACCACCGAGGACCGAACGGCGAAGCCGCGUGUGGAGGAGGUGGAGGCGUGGAGCCCUCGUUCAGAUCUGAGCCAGGCCGCCGUAGGAACGCCGUUUUUCCGCGAGGAGGAGGAGGAGCUCCCUCUGCCACGCAACCCCACAGAGCGAUGGCGGAGGACGGCGAGGAGAAGCUGCUCGCGACGGUUCAGCACAUCGUGCAGACGCUGGGGAGCAGCGACACCAUGACGGAAGACAUCCUCAAGGUAUUCUCCAACUACGACGGCCGCCUCUCGCUCGACAAGCUCUACGCCGCGCGCGGCGCCGCGGCCGCGGCGGUAGCGGCUGGCGGUGGGGGUGGCGGGGGAGAGCGGUCGUUGCCGGCGUCGCCGCCGCUGCCCCCGCCGCCGCAGGCGGCGGUGUCUGGCUCCGCGGCCAGGCCGCCGCCCGUGACGUCCAUGGAACGGACUGUGCGCACGCUGGACCGCCAGAUCUCGCAGUUUGUGACCAUGAAUAGGCUGAUUUGGGCCGAUUCCGUGGACGCCGACACGUUCCUGGAGGCGGUCGACGACCUCAUCGGAACCGUGCAGGAGCUGGAUGCCGCGGGGACCAACCGCGUCCUGCUCGACCGCGCGGACGAGCUGCUCAGCCGGUGCAUGGCGCGGCUCGAGGAUGAGUUCCGGGCGCUCAUCGAACGCCCCGACGACGCGGCCCCCUUGGCGCCUGGCGGGUUCGGGUCGGACGGGAGCGAUGACGAGGAGUUCUACGGCGGCGCCGAUGGCUACGCUGACGAGCCGAUCCCGAUCGCCAAGCCGGUCACCGACUACGACGUUGUGAUCGACGCGCUCUCGCCAGGGUCGAUUGCGAACGUGCACCAGAUCGCACGGCGGAUGGUGGACGCCGGCUUCGGCCGCGAAUGCGCCGAGGCCUAUGCCGCUGCCCGGCGCUGCUUCGUCGACGAGAGUGUUGCACGUCUCGGCGUCCGACCGCGUACCGCCGAGGAGGUCCAUGCAUCCCCCUGGGAAGAGCUCGAGGUUGAAAUCGCCCGCUGGAUCCCGGCUUUCAACAUGGUUUUCCGCAUCUUGAUUCCCAGCGAGCGCCGCCUCUGUGACCGCGUCUUCGACAGUCUUGCCCCCUUCGGUGAUCUCGCCUUCAUUGCUGCUGUGCGCACUCAGGCAAUACAGCUCAUAGCAUUCGGGGAUGCUAUUUCUUCCUCCAGCCGCUCGCCGGAGCGCCUCUUCCGUGUUGUGGACAUGUAUGAGGCUGUGCGGGACAUCCUUCCUGACCUUGACCCUGUGUUCUCUGACCCUUACUCUGCGGCACUCCGCGCAGAGGUCUCUGCAGUGUGCAACACCCUAGGCUCCUCAAUCAAAGGUAUAUUCAUGGAACUGGAAAAUCUCAUCCGCCGUGACCCUGCCCGGGUAGCUACCCCUCGUGGUGGCAUACACCCCAUUACUCGGUAUGUCAUGAACUAUCUCCGUGCCGCAUGUGGGUCGCGGCAGACAUUGGAAGAGGUGAUGGAAGGUGACAUUGGUGCUGGUGGCAGAGCUGCUGUCGCCGUGGACCCUGACCGUUCCACAUCUUCGCUAGCUGUGCACAUUGCAUGGAUCAUGGAUGUUCUCCACAAGAAUUUGGAUACAAAGUCUAAGAUUUACCGAGAUCCAUCACUAGCUUGCAUUUUCUUGAUGAACAACGGCAAGUACAUUAUCCAGAAAGUGAAUGAUAGUGAGCUAGGUGUUCUACUCGGUGAUGACUGGAUCAAGCAGAUGACAAGUAGAGUGCGACGCUGGAGCAUGGAUUACCAGCGGACAACAUGGGGCAAGGUUACAACCGUGCUGCAGAUCGGUGGUCCUGGUGUUGGUGCGCUCCCAGCCAAGGCAAUGAUGCAGAAAUUACGGAUGUUUAACACCUACUUUGAGGAGAUCUACUCAGCACAAUCAGAGUGGGUGAUAGCAGAUGAUCAAUUGAGGAUGGACGUUAGGGGGGCAGUGGAGGAUUCAGUGAUGCCAGUGUAUGCAACUUUGAUUGCUAGGUUAAAAUCGUCUCCUGAAACUGGGCGUGACCUAUUCAUCAAGUACACCCCUGAAGAUGUCCAGGCACAUAUCGAACACUUGUUUGAAGGCGGAGCGAACUGAUGAGUUUCCCGGUACCUCGUGGUGCUUGUGUGACGCAGCUCUAGCCUAUUACUCUCUUGGAUUUGUGAAGUUGCUGUCAUGGAUCUUGGUGAAUAUCUGGGCCUCAGUAACGGUGAUAUUCUUACCUCAGCCUUGUAUUGUUGUAUCACUUAUAUUUUUUCCUCCAUGAAGAAAUUAUGGGGUUUAGCAAAUUCUGUUCAUGAUUGUAGGUGUAUGUAUGUUGACUAGUAAGGUGAUUAUUUUGUAACAAAAUUAGGGUUUGAUCUUGGAUCCAACCACUCCUUCAGUCUAACUUCAUAACACCGCAAGUAUUUAUGGAUUUCAAUGCUUAUUUUAAAAGUUUAUGUGGUCAAACAUUAUUUUAGAAAGUGCUCUAUUAUGAUUU